AUGUCAACGCCCGACGAGCUGACUGUGCUCAUUCAGAAUCUGCAAAAAUGCAACAACACGAGCGAAUCGAUCAACUUCGACCUGGCGAGGACCAUCCAGGAGUUUCUCAACUGCUUGGACAAAAAUGUACUGGAGGAGCUAGAAGGGGGAAUACACGAGAGCGAAAGGGAAAAGGAGAAUGACAAGGAACGGGACAGGGACGUGACGAACAGCUUCACCUCAGCGGCUAUUUUUGUGGAAAACUGUGUCAAAAUUUUCGGCCUCAAAAUUGAGCAUUUGCACAAUUUGGCCCAUAACACGCUGUACAAUAUUUACAAGGAGAAUCGACAUACCAAUUCAGGGAAGAAGCACAACGUUAUGUGCGACGAGGAGGAAUAUUUGUUCAUUAACGAAGUAAAAAAUUUAAAGAGUUGCCCCGGGGAUAACGAGCCAUGCAUGGAGGACGACCUGCUGAUCAAAACAAUUCCAUUGCCCACUUUUCUUUUUUCUGAAAAUGUGAAGAAGAAGGAAGGGUUUGUGGAAAUGAGACCAGACAUGUCUACAGUCACUGGCACAGGUACACACAUGGAUGUUCAUUUGGACGUGAUAAAGGAGGUCGCCACGGAUUUGAGCCUCUCCCAUGGUAACGCAGAUGGUCGGGGUGGUGACGAUCGAAAAGCGAACUCCAAAAUGUUAAAGCAGCAGGAAGAAGCUUCCAACGAGACAAUCGAGGCAAGCCUGACAACCUCCGCAUGGAGGGAGGGAGAAAAUGACCGCCUGACCGAUGAAGCGGAGGAGGUACUCGAACAGAAUUCCAUAAAGCCUCUAAAUUUCGACAAAAUGUACCUCGAAAAUGAUGGAAUUCUCCUGCUAGACAUAAACGACUAUAACAUUUUCAUAAAUGACCAAUACGAUUUUUCCAUUUUAAACCAAAACAGUUCUAUGCUGUUCGAAAAGUAUGACUUUUCUUGUUCCAGACAUUCAACAUAUUUGUCUCCCACAAAUCUGAGGAAAUAUAUGGAGAAGGAAAAGACAGUGAAUGACAUUUACAAGACUUAUAAUUUUAAUGACCUCCUGAAUGAUGAUUUAUGUCCACACAUGUUCCUAUUUAAGAAUGACUUUUUCGAUUAUGACCUUGCCCUGGGCAUUAUAAAAAGCAAAAAAUAUUUGUUGAACAGAUUUAAAGAACAGAAGAAAUAUUUGUAUGUCCUGGAUGAGAAUUCGCAUAUGGACAAGGACAAAAUGGGAACAGCCACGAUUGAAAAAAAUGAAAUAAAAAGGAAAUUGCCCCACUAUUAUAUGCUUAAUUGUCAGAAUAUAAAACAUGCAGAAGAUUUUUUCACCUACAUGCAACCCAGCCAAAUUAUUGACAUCAUUUCUCGCAAUGCGGAGAGGAGAUAUUCUUCGUUUCACCCAAGUGGGGACACAUCGCAGUGGGGGGGAAAUGGCAUCACGGCUGCUACAGUAACGGGCCCGCUAGGCGGCACACCUUCGCCUAGCCGCUCCAACGACCAGAAGCUAUUUGAACAAAUAAAAAUCCCAGACAUUUAUAUUCAAAAGCUGGGGCUCAACUUCGACUACUACCACCUGGAUCCCCUCAUCUACAACUUAAUAAAAGAAUUGAAGAAAAAAAAAAACGUGGAAAAAUACUUCUCCUUAAAUUUGUUUGACGAGAAGAACAACUACGACUUUGACAUUCUGCAGGACGAAGAGUACGUGGAUGACCAGAAUGAAGAAAACGCAGCCGCCGAGGGGGAGAGUAACUUAUGCACUGAAAAGUUUUUGGACGUGCGAUCUCUACAUGGUGGCAUGAUGGAUGGCAUGAUGGAUGACAUUCCGCUGGAAGUUUUUGAAAAAAAGGACUCCUCCGAUGCGUUUUUCGCUUCCUUCGACGAGGAUAUUCACGACAGAGUCAACAAAUGGAACGUCUUCCUCGAAGAGAAACUUCAACUCCUCAGGAGCCACCCCAAAUAUGAUGUAGACCUGUACAAAAAAAAUAUCAUCCAUUACACCAUAAAUAGCGGAGAACAAAUUCCCCUCUCAAAUCUAAUCAAACAUAAGGAGCCCUACCAAGUGUGUAGGAACUUUCUCACCACCCUAAUGUUAAUCAACACUGAUGUUCUUCAAAUAAGCCAAAUCAACCUGCACAGCGAAUCCAACGAUGUCAGCAAUUACCAAAUUAAUGUGAAAAGGGAAAACGUCCAAGAGUACCUUGGCUCAUCGCAAAAAAUUAAAAAUGCGAGUUUUGUCUUAAAGGAUAAGAAGAGAAAGACUGCUUCAAAGGGGGACACGUCCCAUACCAAGCCCGCCAAAAAAAAGCCGCCAAGGAUUAGUAGCCACUGCGAUGGAGGAGUCUCUCCAGGGGAAGAACAACUCGCACCACCGUGA